AUGUUAAAAUAUCAAGGAUCAACACAUUUUAGACAAAGAGUUAUUUGUUCAACACUAAGUGGUAAAGCAAUUAGAAUUACAAAUAUUAGAGAUGAAGACGAAAAACCAGGUUUAAGAGAUUACGAAGCAUCAUUCCUUCGUCUUGUUGAUAAAAUUACAAAUGGUUCAAAGAUUGAAAUUAAUACAACCGGUACAACAAUUACAUAUAUUCCAGGUAUUAUUAUUGGUGGUAAAAACAUAGCACACGACUGUGGUAAUUCAAGAGGUAUUGGUUAUUUUGUUGAAGCUUUAAUUUGUUUGGGUCCAUUUUCAAAAACACCUUUAGAUAUUACAUUAAAUGGUAUUACCAAUAACGAUAUUGAUUUAACUAUUGAUACAAUUAGAACCACUACAUUACCAAUUAUUAGAAAAUUCGGACUUGAAGAAGGAUUAAAUAUUAAAAUAUUAAAACGUGGAGCACCCCCAAAUGGUGGAGGUUCAGUUAAUUUCAAAUGCCCAAUUGUUCCACAAUUAAAAGCAGUUCAAUUAAUUGAUGAAGGUAAAAUUCGUAGAAUACGUGGUAUUGCAUAUGCCACACGUAUUUCACCACAAUUUUCAAAUAGAGUAUUAGAUAAAGCCAAGGGUAUACUUUUAGAACAUACACCAGAUGUUUACAUUUCAAGUGAUCAUUAUAAAGGAGGUGAAUCAGGUUUAUCACCAGGUUAUGGUUUAACAUUAGUAGCAGAAACAACUUCAGGUUGUUGUUUAUCAGCAGAAAUUAUGAGUGGUGAAAAGAAUAGCGAAUCACCAGAGGAUUUAGGUGAAAGAACUGCAUAUGCACUCUUGGAAGAAAUUGCAAACGGUGGUUGUAUCGAUAGUCAUAAUCAAAGUUUAGCAUUAUUAUUUAUGGUUUUAUGCCCAGAAGAUAUUUCAAAAAUAAGAUUAGGUAGAAUAACACCUUACACUAUCGAGUUUAUACGUCAAUUACGUGAUUUCUUUGGUGUAACUUUUAAAAUUCAACCAGAUUCUGAAUCAAAAACUGUAUUAUUUACAUGUCUUGGUAUUGGUUUUAAGAAUUUGGCAAGAACUACUUUUUAA